AUGUCGCCACCAGGAAUGCGCAUCGGCCGCCUCGAGCUCGAGGACGUGCCCGCCGCAGCCAAGCUUUCGGGCCAGGCAUUUAAGAGCGACCGCCAGACGCAGAUGAAGGCGCUGGCCGAGACGGAACCGUUCGACAUGGAAAAGUACACGCUCGAGAGCAUGCCCUCGCACCUGACGUCGCGAACGUGCCACGUGCUCAAGGCCGUCGACGAGGCGACGGGCGACCUGAUGGGCGUGUGCAACUGGGCCAUCAAGGGCUUCGUGCCCAAGCGCAUGCCGUUUUUCGAGGACCGCCUGGUCGAGGCGGCAGAAGCCAAGCAGCCGCAAGACGAGCCCAAGACAGACAAGGAGCCGGAACCAAAGGAGGAACUGAAGCAGGAAGAGGUAGCACAGCCGGCAGAGGAGGCGGACGAGGCAACGGACCCCAUUAAGCGGCUCGUCGCCCUCACCGACGCAGACAUGCAGGCGUGGAUGACCGAGGUGAUGCCGGCCGGCACGCGAUGCCUCUUCAUCGUCGGGCUAACCGUGGCGCCCGCCUACCAGGGCCGCGGCGUCGGCGCGGCGCUUCUGCGCUGGGGCACGGACAUUUGCGACGACAACGGCGCGUUUGCCUGGGUGCACGCGUCGGACCCGGCAUGGGGCAUGUACCAGAAGAGCGGCUUCGAGGUGAUUCGCAGCCUAGACGUCGACCUGGACGCGUACGCGCCGUGUAGGCCACAGGGGGAGGGCGAGGACGCGACGUGGGGGCACUACGUGUUUCGGUACAUGAAGUAUUUCCCCAAGGCGGAGCAUGCGUGA